CAUCCGAAUGAACCUCGCCUAUCGCUGCGGUCGGGAAGGAACAAAGACAAAACAUCGGCCACUUAACUAAUAGUGGCUUUAAAUACUCGGAUAAUGACAGAGUCUACUAAAACGCACGUUAUUCUGCUGUCAUGCGGAAGUUUUAACCCCAUCACUAAAGGACAUAUUCAUAUGUUUGAGAAAGCCAGAGAGCAUCUUCACAAGACUGGGCGCUUUAUAGUGAUUGGUGGAAUUAUUUCUCCAGUUCAUGACUCCUAUGGAAAACCGGGUCUGGUCCCGAGCAGACAUCGUCUCACCAUGUGUCAGCUGGCAGUCCAGUCUUCUGAUUGGAUCAGGGUGGACCCUUGGGAGUGUUACCAGGACAAAUGGCAAACUACCUGCAGUGUGCUGGAGCACCACCGAGACCUCAUGAAGAGAGUGACCGGGUGUAUUCUCUCCAAUGUGAACACACCCUCUACAACUCCCGUGAUUGGCCAGCCACAGAAUGAGACCUCAACCAUCUACCAGAAUCGAAACACAGCUAACAAACCCACAGUUGUUAAACUGUGGGGAAAGAUGAGUGAAAGCUUUGGCAAAAUCUGUUGUGUUCGCCCAAACAUGGACCGCUUCACCUUUGUGGAUGAGAAUGCCAACCUGGGGACUGCCAUGAGAUAUGAGGAAAUUGAGCUGCGCAUCCUUCUGCUGUGUGGAAGUGAUUUGCUGGAGUCCUUCUGCAUCCCGGGCCUGUGGAAAGAGAGUGAUAUGGAGGUGAUUGUGGGAGACUUUGGGAUAGUGGUGGUGCCUCGGGAUGGAACCGACACAGAGAGGAUAAUGAAUCAUUCGUCUGUCCUGCGCAAGCACAAGGAGAACAUACUUGUGGUAAAAGAUGACAUCAACCACCCGAUGUCUAUUGUCAGUUCGACCAAAAGCAGACUGGCCCUCCAGCAUGGUGACGGCCACGUGGUGGACUACCUCUCCCAGCCCGUCAUCGACUACAUCCUGCAGAGUCAGCUCUACAUCAACGCCUCAGGAUAGGAGGGGUGCAGCAGCGUCCUUUCCAGCCGUAGUUCUCGUCUGUCUCUGUGUGUCGGUCUUACAGUAUACUCCUCCUGCGCCGUCGCUUUUCCAUAUAGAGGAGCAUUAAGUAUCCAUGUGCUUUUCUUACUGUCUCAUCGUGACUCACUGGGCCUGAGAGUGUACAGUAUUGUGCCUGAGAGAGCUCUGUCUCUACGGACUUCCUCCACCAACGGGAUUCUUUGGACUGUGGUUGGGGAAGGGGCCAAUGGGUGAGACAGAGAGAGAGAGAAAGAGAGAGAGAGAAAGGGGAUGGGGACAGAAAGUGAUCGGUCUUGUGGCAAGAAAGUGAGAAGGAGUAAUGAAGCAUUACCUGCUGUAAUGUUGGGCUCUGCCGUUUUAAUUUCAUAUUGAUACUUUCCUCAAGUGCAUGCAUGGAUUUUUUUUCAUUUUAUUUUGCGCAUGAGAUCUUACCUUGCUUAUGUAGACUGUAGUCUGUUGUGGCAGUGUGUGCUGAGGAGCUCUGUGCGUAGACGCAUUCCAUCUCUGUCCCCAUUUUCUAUUAUCUACCGUCAUUGUAUAUAGGAAAACUGGAUUGCUGUGGUGUUGCUGUCGCACACUUACGACUGCAGUGCUCUGUCUGCAGUGUGCCGUCAUGCAUACAUGUACAUUGUUUUGCCCACCUCUGUACACGUCUUUCUCUUUAUGAAAAUAUCAUUUCACACAA